UCCCGGAUGUCCGGUCACGUGGGGCACCGGGUUCCGGGUUCCGGGAGGGCGCGGGGGUCCAGCGAGCCGGGCCGCCAGUGCGCGGGGAGCAGCGCCAUGGAGAAGCUGCGGCGGGUCCUGAGCGGCCAGGACGACGAGGAGCAGGGCCUGACGGCGCAGGUCCUGGACGCCUCGUCCCUCAGCUUCAACACCAGGCUGAAGUGGUUCGCCAUCUGCUUCGUAUGCGGCAUUUUCUUCUCUGUCCUGGGGACCGGAUUGCUGUGGCUUCCUGGUGGCAUAAAGCUGUUUGCGGUGUUUUAUACCUUUGGAAAUCUCGCUGCGCUGGCCAGUACCUGCUUUCUGAUGGGACCCGUGAAGCAGCUGAAGAAGAUGUUUGAGACAACGAGAUUGCUCGCCACAAUUAUUAUGCUUGCUGUGUGUUCAGGAGUCGAGGGUCCAGCGUUACUUACACCGACUGACUCGCACAGUGCUCCUUUCUGCCGCAUGUACCUGCCGUCGGAGCUCUGAGUGUUGAACGUGGAGGUGGUCCUUUCCCAGCCCCGGAGAGCGCCUCAUGACAGAGGCCCCUGUGUGCUCUUCGGAGUGGGUGGCGGGGACACAGGGCUCCCCGGAGGCGGCUCGUCUCUUCUCUCAGGGACGCUGGGCUUCAUCCAGGUAGCUGUCGUCGGGCUUCUGUCCCUUCCCCGUGUGACUGUUGUAGUCCCGGCAGCGCUGCCUGAGCCGUGCCUUUCAGGAUGCCGUUCACCACCUGCUGGGUCUCGUGCGUGGCCGUCAGGUCCUCGCUCUUAAAUUCGGGCUCUGUGUUUGAACCGGGGCAGGCAUGGGCUUGUGGUUAGGUUUGCAUGUCACGCAUUCUGGGUUCUUGGCUGAUGUUUUGGGUAUCAUGGGCCAAGGAAUGCAAGUGUCCCUCUCUCCAGUGAGCGAGAUGGGCUUGUCUGUGUCUCUCGAAGAUUUCUCUUCAGCACGUUCUUGAACUUAGGGGUCAGCAUCAGCUCGUGUGUCCUUGUAAUGCCAGGAGGCUUUGAAACAGCUACUGCUGGCAGAUGUGUGGUCAGGGAAUGGUUUCCGCCGUAACGCGUGGGAGGCUCGCCCGCCUCGGCAGCAGAGGAAAGGAAAUCCUUUUUAGCUGGA